AUGUGGCUUCAUGUCGUGGUUGUCAAUCUGCUUCUACCCUUCUUCGCGCUGGCGCACCCAAUCGAAUGGCAACCAUCGCAUAUCCCUGAUGGUCGGGACUUUUUUGGCCUUAUUGAAAGCGACGACCUCCCCACCACGACGGCGACGGUAGAAACUUGGAAUCCCGCGACAUCCUUGACAUCCUUCAGCUUGAACCUUCCAUCCUUAUCUUCGACAAGCUUAUCCAAGGUCGUGGAGACUGGCUCUAGCGUGACAACCCCCUCGUCCACAUUCUCUUCAACGGCGUCGGGCGAUUCGCAGACUACAGCGGCAAACAGCUGGACAAGUACUAGCGCCAUUCUUCCAACAGUCUCGGUCGAUUAUAUCACACCAGAAGAAUCAACAACACCUCCUAGUGCGGCGGGGGGAUGGAAAGUCAUUGGAAUCAGCAUUAUUGCAGUCACGUUUGUCGCCACGGUCAUUCUUGCAAUCGCCUUUUUCGACUCGUGGUGGGGCUUUCUUCGAGAUGUGGUCUGUGGCAAGAGAUACAGCGAUGGCGAAGAAAAUUUGAUUCCUGAUUGGGAAAAAAGCAGCUGGGAGUACAAAAUUGCGAGUGAGGAUGGACAUAGGUAUCCGACAAUGACAACCCUCGAUGACAUUGUUACGCAAGGCAGAGAGCAUUCAGAGAAGAUUCGACCUCGGAGCGAAGCUAUGUUUUUGACAUUUUGA